UGUUUUCUCCUUUCUUUCCUUUGAGAAUCCUCCCUGCCCUUCUCCUAAAGGAUUGAUUAUUUUGGGAGAGUGGCAAGGAUCUAUACGAUGUCUUUCUUUUACCCAUAGGAUUAACUAGGGCCUCAUAAAAAAUGUCUUCAUCUAACGACGAUUCAUCACCUAGUCCACCUUCUGCAGAUAGUAAUAGCUCUUCUUCUAACGAUAACAAUAACAACAAUAACAAUAACAAUAAUAACGACAAUAACAAUAAUAACAACUCCCAACAUUCGUCUGAUUCAUCUAAGGGAGGAUCGCAAUCCUCUCCACCCCCGCCACCGCCUCCUCCACUGCCACCACCACCACCUCCACCGCCGCCACCCCUACCAGACUCUCAUUCAAGACAUAAGUCACCACCACUACCAAAACAUUCUUCAAAUGAUAGUAACAAUAAUCAUGAGAAAGCAAUACUUAUAGGAAUUGCUGCAGCAGCAGGAUUAUUACUUCUUGUUAUGCUAGUUUUUGUCAUAUCUUGCUGUAAAAGGAAAAGAAGAAGACCACGUGAUCAAAUGGGCUUCUACAGGGAUAAUUCUUAUAGAGCCAAGGGUGGUGACUAUUAUAACAAUGAACAACAAGGGAAUUGGAACAACAACAAUGUCCAAUCUUCAGAACAUGUUGUUAAAAUACUCUCUCCAACUAACAGUGCUGGUGUAAACUCAGAAUAUAGCUGGCCAAUAGCACCACCACCACCGCCACCAAUGAGCAAUACGAGCUCUGCUAAUUUCUCUGGCACGCAACGUAGCAACACGAGCUCUGCUAAUUUCUCCGGCACACAACAACAACAACAACAAAAACGAAAACCUCCGAAUAUGCCACCUCAAAGCCCAACAAAUAUAUCAUUUGGUCUUAACCAAAAAAAUUUAACUUAUGAUGAUUUAGUAACUGCAACUGGAGGAUUUUCUAAGGCUAAUCUUCUUGGACAAGGUGGUUUUGGAUUUGUACAUAAAGGGGUUUUACCUAAUGGUAAAGAGAUUGCUGUAAAAAGUUUAAAAUCUAAUAGUGGACAAGGAGAAAGAGAAUUUCAAACUGAGGUUGAAAUUAUAAGUCGUGUACAUCAUCGACAUCUUGUGUCUUUAGUUGGUUAUUGUAUUGCUGGAUCUCAAAGGAUGUUAGUCUAUGAGUUUGUUCCUAACAACACUCUUGAAUAUCACCUUCAUGGACCUGGUAACCCAGUAAUGGAUUUCCCUACGAGGAUUAAAAUUGCAAUAGGAGCAGCCAAAGGGUUUGCUUAUCUUCAUGAAGAUUGCCACCCUCGCAUUAUACACAGAGACAUUAAAGGUGCAAAUAUCCUACUGGACAACAACUUUGAAACCAAGGUGGCUGAUUUUGGGUUGGCUAAGCUUUCAGCAGAUAACUUUACUCAUGUGUCUACCCGUAUAAUGGGAACUUUUGGGUACCUUGCGCCAGAAUAUGCUUCGACUGGAAAACUGACAGAAAAAUCUGAUGUAUAUUCUUAUGGUAUUAUGCUUUUGGAACUUAUAACAGGACGUCGUCCUAUAGAUGUCAACAGUGACGGUGACAACUUAGUUGAUUGGGCUAGGCCAAUUCUUAGUCGUGCAACAGAGGGUGGAAAUUAUGAUGAAUUAAUAGAUCUACGCUUGGAAGGAAAAUUUGAUGCUCAGCAAAUGCUAUGUAUGGUGACUUGUGCUGCUGCAUCAAUCAGACAUUCUGCUAAAAGACGUCCAAAAAUGAGUCAAAUUGUACGUACUUUGGAAGGUGAUGUUUCCUUAUUGGAUGAUCUAAAUAAAGGAUCAACACCAGGUCAUAGUGGAAUUCCUGGAUCAGGAGAAAGUUCUGAAUGUGAUGGACGUUCAUAUGAUAUUAAAAAGGUCAAGAAAUCUGAAAUAUCAAGUGAAGAAUUCACAAGUAGUGAACAUGGCUCGACUGGUGAAUUUGUCCAUUCCAGAGGUGAAGCUUAAGAACUUUGUCCUCUUGGAACAUAGAUGAGUAGAGUUCAAAUUUAAAGAGAUAACAGCGUUACUAUUUAGGAAACAACCUCUUUACCUCCACAGAGUAGGGGUAAGGUUUGCGUACACACUACCUUCCCCAGACUCUACUUAUGAGAUUAUACUGGGCAUGCUAUUAUUGUUGUAAUAGCGUUACUUUGUUUUAUUUAUUGUAGACACAACAAGUACCUUCAAUCAAGACUUGAAGGAUGCUUUAGGUACUGAAAACUAGUUUUUUGUAUAUAUACUUCCACCAUGAAACAUAGAUUAGACUGACGGGUAAAUGUAUAGAUCUGCUCGUCAGAAGCAGCAUGACAUAGUGAUUUUAUAGGUUAAAUUUGUUUAUAAGUUGAGUCAUUUUGUUCUGUUUUGGAAUUUAAGACAACAAUAGUGCACUUUUUUUUCUUAGUUGUACCGAUAGUAUUAGUGUCGGUAUGAUAUCUUUUUAUUCUCAAA